GUAAUUUUAUGUGGAAUAUGCUAAAAAGUAACUGUAAGAUACAAACUAGCGUGUCGCUCCUUAACACUAAUCGCAGUAUUCCGGCGUACCCAAAUUACACGGCACCGAUUGUUUUUGUAUAUGCCCCAUUCUGAUUGCAAUCACUGGUCAAAUUAAUGAGAUCGAAAUCAAUGGAAUCUUUUGCCAGUGAUUCUGAUACAAUCGAAGAGCUUGUUUCCGGUAACGUUAACAGGCUUACGGUGAAACCACUUGGGCAAAAUUUAAAAACGAAAAGGGGCCAAUUGAUAUUCGAUGCAUGUUUUGAGAGCGGAAAUUUGGGAAAAGUCGAAGCUAUAAGUUACUAUGAGUAUGACUUGCAUAUAAGGGCCGAUACAUGCAAUCCAAAGUACAGGGUUUGGUUCAAUUUUACCGUUGAAAACUCUAGUCACCAGCAGAGAGUUAUUUUUAAUAUUGUUAACUUUAGCAAAACGAAAUCCCUUUAUCGCGAAGGAAUGUCACCCCUGGUGCGAUCCUCCAGUCGACCUAAUUGGAUUCGUAUUCCUAAUAAGAACGUGUUUUAUUACCGCUGUCCGGAACACAAGAAAUACUAUGUGAUGUCGUUUGCAUUUUGCUUCGAUCGCGAAGAUGAUGUUUACCAGUUUUGCUAUUGCUACCCGUACACAUAUGCAAGACUGCAGGCUUACCUGGACGAGUUAGAGAAGUGUAACUAUCACUGUUUUAAAAGAGAACUCUUGGGAAUGACUGUGCAACAGCGCCGCGUUGAUUUGAUUACCAUAACGCAUCCCAAAAAUGUCACUUCCAAUGCAGACAUGAAGAGACGCACUGUGUUCAUCACUGCUCGCGUACAUCCGGGUGAAACCCCAUCCUCUUAUGUAUGUCAAGGCUUCAUAGAUUUCAUGGUGAGCGAUCAUCCCUUGGCACAGGAGCUGCGGUAUCACUUAAUCUUUAAAGUUGUUCCGAUGCUCAACCCGGACGGAGUUUUCUUGGGCAACUACAGAUGCUCUCUACUUGGUUUCGAUCUGAACCGCCAAUGGCGAAAUCCCUCCCAAUGGGCGCAUCCCGAAAUUCAUGCCACGAAACUGUUGUUAAUGAAACUGGACCGUAGCACGACCAUGGAUGUCAAUUUCUUCGUUGACAUUCACGCCCAUUCUACUAUGAUGAACGGGUUUAUGUACGGAAACGUGUUCGAGGACGAAGAGCGGGCGGAACGACAAGCCGUGUUUCCGAACCUUCUGAGCCGAUUCGCAGAGGACUUCAGCCUACAUCAGACAAAUUUCAACCGUGACUCAGUCAAGGCGGGAACAGGCAGACGAACCCUUGGUGGCAUCCUGGAUAACCACACCUUGUGCUACACAUUGGAAGUUUCCUUCUUCAGCUAUACCAAUCUCACAACCGGUGAAACGGUUCCCUAUACCGAAGCAAGAUAUGCUAGGUUAGGCAGGAAUUUGGCCCGGACAUUUCACGAAUAUUAUGCCAACGAGGGUCUGUUCGGCAAAUUUGGUAUCCUUCCGUCUCUCACAAAUUGUCCGACGUACUCGAAUUUGGGAGAUGGUCGCGAGGGUGAAGUAACCAACAAGCCGUCGGAUGAACAAGUGUACUCUGCGUCCUUCGCGAGGUCCAGUGCCCAGGGGGACAAACCGACCCCCAUGCUUGAACUUGGAUGUCAAGCUCAGGUGGAUGCAUCCAAGCUUGUGGCGGGUGGUGGAGAUACCAUAAGAUCUCCCUCGGAUCAGCUGAGCAAUGGUCAAGCAUACCUUGGAAUCAACUGGCAGCCUAGCGGGCGGCGCACUUUUGAAUGAAGCCCCAUCUUUCUGAACACAUGCAAUCCAUUCUCUGUUGGAAAUCGGUGUCCUGAUUCCUCGCCAAGCCACCCAACGAUCGAGAGUAUCCAUCGGACUAGAAAUGUGCUCGCCGACCUUGAUUAAACCCGGUUACCAAAGAGAAUUGUACACAAUGUUUCCAAAUAACGAGGAGUGCAGCUUCUUCGUUGCACUGAUGCGAGCGUCACCUUCUUUCCUUAUUAACCAUUUUUUAACUGGGAUGCCAAUCCUUCCCUUACAUGUAGUAGCAUCAAAUCAAGAAGUCAGAAAGAGGCAGACCCAUG